UUGAUGAGAGUGGACAAUUUUUGACGAUCAUCAUGGUAAGUGGAAUCAGAGACAGGCCCACAAUCUUACAUGACAUAGCAAUUACAUACAUGCCAGUCCUAUGCAGCUACAUGUAGCUAGCAAUUAUUUGCUGGUCUGUACACACUUUCAAUGACUGUAUAACUACCAGUACCAAGACUAUAAGAGCGUCUGCUAAAUGACUAAAAUGUACAAAUGUAACACUGUUGACUUUCUCGCAGCCACAAAGUGUAGGGUCUUCAUCUAGGCUCUCAGGUAGCUCCCGUUCACGUCGCUAUCGCACCCGUGCCCUCACCUCUCAUGUGGAUGAGAGCCUCUUUGGAACCCCAAAACAGGUGGGCCUGCAUAUGUCAGCCAUUUCUUUGAUCAGCAUUUAAUAAAACACAUAGCAGUAAGUAACCUGUGACAAUUCAACUGUGCAAGGUCUGUGUGUAUGUGUGUUUGUGAGAGAGAGGGGGAGAGAGAGAGAAUUGGUGUAAAUGUAUAUUGGAUAUUCUCACUCAAGGCGCUGUCAGCCUGCGAUGUCAAGGACACUGAGAGGGGUGGCAGGUCCGGACCCAGGGGCCAGUCCAUGUCUGCUCCAAGUCAGAAGACUCAGAAACCAGAGACAGUUCGCAUCAUCACAAAGGACCUCAUCCGAGACCUGAAGCAAGUAUCAGUCAAUACCUCAAUUUCUCAUUCGGUUACAAUGUGAUCAUCAAGUCUAAUGCUUUGUGAACAUACCAGUACUACACUUAGCAUUGUUUAUUACGGUUUACUUAUUAUAAAAGAGAAUGCCAUCCAGUUCCAUAAACCUACAUUGCACCAAUAAACAUAUCCCACAAUCACAUUUUACAAGUGGUGGUGAAUUACAAAAAACAACAAAACAAAGCUGUCAUUUUGCCAGGAUCCCAAGAAAGGAUCCGUCUGGGCUGUCUGUCAUCCUCCGCCCAACUGAGAUCGAGCGGAUCAGAAGAGCUUCUCGGGUUUCAACCAAGGAGGAGCUGGAGGCCACGCUGGAAGCCCAGAGGAGGGAGAGAGAAGCAGCUAUGGUGAGAAAGGACGAAUGCACCUGAUGAAUUUGUAAGCAACUUUCCACAUGAAAUCUGGGUGACUAACUGGCAGUACAGGGUCCCAGCUACAGCACUACACCCUUGUGGAGAUGUAACAGCAAUAAACCAAACUAACCUCUGCACUGUUCUAAUGUUGCUGUUUUUUCUGACAAGGAUGCUGCUGAGGAUCGGAAGGCCCAUAUCCGCCAGGCUGACCUGUCUCGUCAGAAGAACCAGGACCUAAGUGAGCUGGAGGCCGAGGCCAAGGAAAGAGCUCAGUACCUGCUGGAGAGGGCCAACGCCAUGAGGAUGGAGCAGGAGGACGAGGUCAAGAAACUCAAUGAGGUACAGCAAGAGAAUCAACCGGUCACUCUCUCAUUGCUCACUCUUUCUCUUUACUUUGCUACUCUUUGUUAUUCGUUUUAUCUCAGCUUCAGUCCCAAUAUCACUGCAAUAUCACACAUUUCCCAAGUUAUUCUACCCAUGCCCAGUCCAGACUCUUCCAUCUCUGUGUCAUUGUGUGUGUCGUGUAUGGUACCUUAUUGUUGUGGCCAGUUGAUCCUGGGUGCCCAGUGCCACGCGGUGAGGGAUGCCCAGAUCAUAGAGAGGCAGCAGAUCCUGGCUGAGCUGCAGGAGGAGGAGAGGCGACUGGAUGCCAUGAUGGAGGUGGACCGCAGGAGAGCCCUGGAAGCCCAGGAGCAGGUCGACGAGCUGCGCAAACACCAGAGGAUCCAGUGAGGGGCACACAUGCUCACACACACAUACACACCCACACAAUGGUCCAUUUAAAGUCAAAUACACUACAUCGCCUCAGCUGUCUUCCCUGUGUGUGUCUAUAGGGGAAAGCAGCUGAUUAUAAACCAGAUUGAGGAGCGUCUGGAGGACAGGAUGCUGCAGAAUGAGAUGAAGGAGCAGGAGGGCCAGCAGAUGCUGGAGAACCUGGAGAGGAUGCAGAUGGAGGAGCUGGAGGUAUUAUUAGUUAGAGACAAGUCUCCUUGUACAGUACAACAUUCUUAUAGCAAGGCUAAUGUAUUUCCACUUUGAAUUUCAGUUAGAAAUUCCUCAUGAAUUAGCCUGGUCCAAAAUCUGUUUGUGCUCUUGCAACUCAUGAAUAUCAUUCAUGAAUUAAUCGUAAUGCAGUUACUGUAGGCAGAACGAAUAAUAAACGUCAGAAUGGUGUGUGUGUGUCCCAGGCUCUGGAGAGGAAGAAGGAGGAGCAGCAGCGUCUGCAGCAGGAGAUCCUUCGUAUCAACGAUGAAAGCCUGCUGGCCAAGGAGCGCAAGAAAGAGGAGGAGAGACUGGCCGACCUCAGGGCCAUGGAGUACACCCACAAGAAAAUGGUAAGAGGUACUCCAUUAUGAACUUCUUAAUUAUUGGUCUUUGGCCUUCUUGUUUUGGUAAGAAAGCAGAAGGGCAAAACAGUUGUCUAAGGCUGUGUUUACACAGGCAGCCUAAGUCUGAUCUUUUUCCACAAAUUGGUCUUUUGACCAAUCAGAUCAGCUCUUUUGCCAAUAAUUGAGUAAAAUAUCAGAAUUGGGCUGCCUGUGUUAAAGCAGCCAAAUAUACUUUUGUGUGACCCCUACAGGAGCGGGAGGCUGAGUACGAGGCUGAACAGAGACGCAUCAAGAGUGAGAAGGAGAAGGAGGUGGCCAGACUGCGAGCCCUACAGGAGAGAGACAAAGACCACAAGGCAGAGCAGGUGAGCAGCACCAAAGUUCCAUUUGUUUUACAGUGGCUCACACUGACCUGUUGUUGUCGUAAUUGAUCAUAAAAGGAAUGGAGGAAUGGUUACAGUGGUUUUGUGUAUGACUUUGUCAGGAUGAGCUUCGAGCCAGGAGGAACCAGGAGGGAGCGGCGAGGGAUUGGAGGAGAAAAGAGAAGGAGCACCUCAAGAAGAAGGUGGAUGUUGAGGAGAGGUUGAAGGCAGCUCGCUUGGAGCAGGUCACACACAAGGAGCACCUCCUGUCCAUCGAGGCUGGGCGAGAGAGGGCUGAGUUUGAGAGGGUGUUGAGGUGCACCAUGACACAAUGUAAAUGUACCCAGUGAGCACACACUGGUUGAAUCAACGUUGUUUCCACGUCAUUUCAAUGAAAUUAUGUUGAACCAACGUGGAAUAGACAUUGAAUUGACGUCUGUGCCCAGUGGGUAGUUACUACUGUACUAACUCGAUCACACACUUGUAUUACAGUUGGGCGGUUUCAUAAAUCAAAGCAUAACACUAUGCGAUGUCUUGGACAACCAGGUUUUAAAGUGUUAGCAAAGGCCUCUGUAUUAGCAGUAGAGUUUUACAGUAUUUUUUUCUCACCCCAGGGCCCAGCAGGCAUCCAUCUGUAAGGAGAAGGACAAGGAGGAGAAACACAGGAUCAAGAUGUUGCGUCACGCGGACGGGGUGCGCCAGCAGGUAAGGGAGCGGGAGAUGCAGGCCAUCGCCCUGCGCAGGGAGGUCUACAAAGAGGGAGACCGGCUGGACAAGGAGGCCCGCCAUCGUCGCAUCCGCCUUGACGAGAUCAAGGAGAAGAAGCUCAGGGAGCUC